AUGACCGCCAAGCAGGACGCGCUUUCCUGGAAAGGUGACCUGGAAAGAACACCCGAGCGCGAUUCCUGCCACAAAAAGGCUGCUGCUGUUGGGAGAGUCCUUGUAGCGAUGCUAUUUGCAAGCAAGCUCUGUGAGCACGCCGGCGUUUGGCAAAGGCUGAGAGACGGCGGCCAGGAGCGCGUCCCGUUCCGGAGCAGUCCCGCCGCGGGCCGCAGGGUGGUGCUCCUGGCCAAGGCGGCGGCGAGCGGCUGCGGGCGGGGAGGCGGCCGAGCCCAGUACAACGCAGCGCAGCGCAGCCGGGAGGCGGCGACGAACGGUCCUCCGCGCCGUCCUCCGCAGCAUCCGCUGGCCGUCCCGGACGGCCGCGCUGCGGGCCGCCAGCCGGCCUCGGCGAGAGGGAGAGAGGGAGGCCGCGAGGGAGGGCGCCCGCCGCUUCCCGCCGCGCUGCUGCCGGGCGCCGCUUCCCGCGGAGGACUGCGGCACACGGAGGGUGUCCGCCGCCCCGCCAUGGCGUCUGCAAGGCAAGUGCUUUGUGUGUGUGCUUUGCUGUGCGUGCCGCGCGUUCGCUGCGAGCCCAUCCGCUACUCCGUAGCCGAGGAGGGGGAGAGCGGCUCCGUGGUGGCCAACGUGGCGGAGGACGCGGGGCUGACCCCGGCGCAGCUCUCGGCUCGCCGGGCACGCAUUGCCUCACCGGCCGGCCGGCAGCACUUUCGCUUAGAGCGCGCCACCGGCCGCCUCGUCCUGGCGGAGCGGCUCGAUCGCGAGGAGAUGUGCGGCCGCUCGCUUACCUGCACGCUCGCCUUCGAGCUCCUGCUCGAAAACCCGCUGCAGUUCUUUCGGGUCGAGGUGGCCGUGGAGGACGUCAACGACCACUCGCCGGUCUUUCCCGAGGAACGAGUCACUUUUCAGAUCCCGGAAAGGGGCGACCCUGGCUCGCGAUUCCCCGUGGAGGCGGCUCAGGACUUGGACGUUGGCAGCAACAGCAUCCAGGCUUACAGCAUCGCUCCCGAGAAUGAGUACUUCAGUGUUUCUUUCGGGACUCACAGUGACGAUGACAAGUAUGUCGACUUAGUCUUAGAUCAAACACUAGACAGAGAGGAGCAGCCAGAGUUGCUUUUCAGUCUCAUUGCUACAGACGGUGGCUCUCCACCUAGGAGCGGGAGCACCCAAAUUCAUAUCAUAGUUCUAGAUGUAAAUGAUAAUGCUCCUACCUUCACACAGAAGCUUUACAUUGGUCGGGUUUUGGAAAAUGCCCCAAUGGGCUCUGUGGUUCUCAGUGUCGUGGCUACUGAUCCAGAUGUGGGACUGAAUGGUGACAUCUCCUAUAGGUUCAGCAAUGUUCUUGGGGACAUCCAGUCCACAUUCACAAUUGACACCAAGAGUGGUGAAAUUCGAGUCGCAAAGUCCCUGGACUUCGAGGGCACACAGAAAUAUGAGCUCAGUGUGCGGGCAACUGAUGGUGGGGGCCUCUCGGCACUCUGCAAGGUGUUGGUGGAGGUGGUGGAUAUGAAUGACAAUUCACCGGAGCUGGUGGUCAGUUCCUUCAGCAGCCCCGUCCCUGAGAAUGCAGAGCCUGGGACAGUGGUCGCCCUCUUUGCUGUGAGAGACCAGGAUUCUGGUGUGAAUGGGGAGAUCACCUGUGCCCUUGAAGACCAGCUCUCCUUCUCCCUAAGGCCAGCCUAUAAGAAUUACUAUGAGCUAUUGACCGUGAGCACAUUGGACCGUGAGGAGACAGCUCAGUACCUUGUAGUCAUCACAGCGGCAGACGCAGGGUCUCCUCCCCUCACCACUACCCAGACAUUCACAGUGGACAUCUCCGAUGUCAAUGACAAUGCACCUGUUUUCAACCAGACAUCAUACACCAUGUAUGUGCGAGAGAACAAUGUCCCUGCAGUGCUUGUUGGGGCUGUCAGUGCAGUGGACUCAGAUGCAGGACCCAAUGCCAAGGUGAUCUAUUCCCUGAGGCCUGUGCACCCUGCAGAGCGGGACUCCUGCUCCUGCAUCUCCGUGAACUCAGAGAACGGACAUGUGUUUGUGCUGCGUCCACUGGACUAUGAGCAGGUGAGGCAGCUUGAGGUGCUGGUGAGUGCCACCGAUGCGGGGUCCCCUCCCCUCAGCACCAAUGUCACUGUCCGCCUCCUCGUUGUGGACGAGAACGACAAUGCCCCACUGGUGUUGCACCCUGCACAGGACAGCAGCCCGCCAUCCAGUGAGCUGGUGCCAGCCUCGUCUGAGGUGGGGGACCUGGUCACCAAAGUGGUGGCUAUUGAUGCCGACUCUGGUCAGAACUCAUGGCUUUCCUUCCACCUUCUAAGGGCUACAGAUCCUGGGCUGUUUGCAGUGGGUACCCAAAAUGGGGAGGUACGGCUGAGAAGGCUAGUGACAGAGAGGGAUGCCAUGAAGCAGAAGCUCGAGGUGCUGGUGCGUGACAAUGGGAGGCCAUCACUGUCAGCCACUGCAGCACUGAGCAUACUCCUCCUCAACGGCCUCUCACAGGAACACCUGCCACAGCAGGAGGUGGCUGUGCAAGAUGAAGACAGCUCCCUGACAAUCUUUUUAAUCAUUUCACUGGUCUUUGUCUCCCUCCUCUUCCUCACAUCUGUCGCAGCCUUUGUUGCUUGCAAGGUGUGCAAGAGAAAGGAGCUGAAAGGAGGGCACGUGCUGUAUGGCACAGGCAACUUGCAGAGCAGUCUGGCUGAUGGGGCUGCUGCUGGGACCCUGCCCCACACCUAUUGCUACGAGAUCAACCUGACCACGGGCUCAGGCAACAGCGAGUUCAAGUUCCUGAAGCCCAUCCUCCCCAGCCUGCCACCACAGCACUCUGGCACAGGCAGGGGUGUUGAUGGUGCAGAGGAUUUCCCACCAGUCCCUAACUCCAUGGGGGAUGCAGCCCUGGACAUCUCUGGUCCACCAUCUGUUGGACACUUUAAUGGGCUUCCCUUUAACUAG